UUCAGUCGAAUUUAAGCCGUCGAUUAGUUCACUUUAAAGGAAAAAAAAACUUUUGAAAAAAUGAAAAACUUUAAAAUUUUGUGUUUAAUUUUUCCUUUAAUAAUUUUUCAAGUUUCACAAUCUGCGUCUAUAAAAGUUGAUACUGAAGACACUGAGCUCGUUCCAGAUGUGACCAGCACUUUGAUUAAUGAAGAUUCAACGACCGAAAUUGAAAGAACCAAAAAGGAAGCAAAUUGUUUUGAGACUAAAGUUAAUGGACAGUCAGUUUUGCAAUGUGCUGAUUCGGAAGCAUCGCCAACGCUCAAUACUCCUGCAUUUGCUCCACUACCUGGAUUAGCAAGGCAAGGAUUUCCUGGAUUCGAGCAUCAACAGCCAUUGAAUUUUCCAACUUUUAAUAGCAUCUUUCCAACUUAUAAGCCAGCAACUCAAGCAGCAACAACUACAACUCCUGCCUAUCCUCAACAUUAUGCAUCUCCAACCAAUAAACCAUCAAACACAUACUCAAGCAAUCAUUUAGCAACAACGACAGCACCAAGUUACUCCAUAACAACACCAUCUCAAGCAUAUUCAGUUCCAUCUCAUUCAUACUCAAACAAUGUUCGUCCGACAUACCCAAAACCAUCGUCUCAACAAUAUUCUGAAUAUUCACAACCUGGUGCCUCAUCUCAAUCUCCAUCUGGAUCAACAGCUUACUCACAAAACCAACAUCAAUCAUCUUAUGGAUCUGAGUCUAAACCAUCAUCUUAUGGUUCAGAAUCAAAGCCUACAUCCUACAGUUCAGGCUCGAAUUCAUAUUAUCAACCAGCACCACAGCAAAAUUCAUAUUCACAUCCACAAUCUCAACCGACGCAAAAGCCUGCUUACCAAAAACCAUCAUCAACAUACCCAGCAACCCCGUCGUCAUAUUCACAGCAAUAUCAGCCAUCAUCAUACUCAUCUGCUCAGCCACAAGUUCCAAAUGCUUACUCAUCAGCUUUGUAUUCUUAUACGCAACCAGCCUACCAGCCUUAUCAAACCUACGAAGGCUACCGUGCAUGGCCCGCAGCUCCAUCUCAAGUAGACUACAGCAGUUCACAAAGAAGCUCAAGCUCAUCUUACACGACUGAUGCCAGUAAGGUUCAAGAUGCACGUCAUAAGUACGAAAGUGCACUUACUGAAUAUGAAGCAGCACGUGCAGCUGAGAGUGUAAAGGCUAAUGCAGAAUACCAACAAGCUCGUGCCAGAGCUGAAUUUGAAAGGAUGAAGGCUGAAUUUGAAAAAUCUAGAGCUGAUGAUAGUGCAAGAGCAGCACAAAAUGCUAGAAUUGAAUUCCAAAAUGCUAAAGCUGCUGAGAUGACUCAAGCUGAGCAGGAGAAAAUGCGUGUUGAUUAUGAAAGAUCGAGAGCUGACUACGAGAAGGCACAGAUUGAGUAUCAAAGAUUACAGGCUGAAGAAGCAGCAAGAGCACAAGGAGACUACCAGCAAAGAUAUGCUGCAUAUCAAAUUGCAUUAGCUGAAUAUGAGAGAGCACAAGCUGGUUACCAAAACUCUCAAGCUGAGGAAGCUAGUUGGAACCAAAUCAACUAUCAACAGGCACUAGAAGAUUCUCAGGCUCGAGCAAGAGCUAAUUAUGAAAAAUAUCAUGUAGACCAAGCUGCUAGAGCUCAAGCUCAAUACUCAAGUGCUCAAGCCGAACAAUCAGCACGUGCUAUGGCUGAAUACCAAGCAGAACAAUCCGCAAGAGCCAUGGCUUCAUAUCAGGAAGCUCAAAUAGAUGCUCAAGCCGAACAUGCUGCACAAAUCGAAUAUCAAAGAGCACAGGCUGAACAGUCAGCAAGAGCAAUGGCUGAAUAUCAGGGUGCUCAAGCUGAUCAAGCAGCAAGAGCUCAAGCUGAAUAUUCACAGGCUGCUGAAAUCGCAAGAAUGCAGUACGAAAACUCAAUGGCUAUAGAAAAAGCACGAGCUAUGGAAAGUUCACAAAUGGAAAUUGAAAAUGCUAGAGCUGUAGCACCUAUGAAGCAUAUCCCACAACCUGUCUAUGCUGCGCCAUCAGUACCUUACACCUAUCAGAGCCCUGGACCAUCUGUUCCAUGUCCAACAAAUCUUCUCUUCAGCUGUAAUCCAAGUGUUGCACCAGUUCCAUGUCAAAGUGUGACUUAUGAAAAACCAGUCCCUCCUGCACCAGCACCCCCACCUCCUCCACCACCAAAAUACACCAAACCAGCACCUAUGCCAAUGUAUUACGAACCUCAAUAUAAUUCUGAUUUAUCGUCAAAGCAGACCAAAAGAGAGAAUGAAGUCGUCAAUACAUCAAUUGAUUCACUUGGACAGGUUGUUGGACAGCCAAUUGCACCAUUGGAACCAAAAACUGCUGCGUCUGAUGACAGUUUAAUUAUUGCUGGACAAGAUUGGUCUUGA